AUGUCUCACGAGGCUCUCAACCCCAUCAACCCCUCUGUUCUCCCCCACCUCGACCCUGUAUUCAUUCAACUAUACAAUAAACAUGUCGCAAACACCCCGGCGGGUCCGAUUGACCUGCAAGUCCUACGUACGAAAUACUCUGUGUUAUAUUCAUAUGGGACUGGUCCCGCGCCAGACUGUCCGCGUAUUUAUGACUCCGAAGUGCCUGGUCACAAUGGAGAAAUGAUUCCAGUUCGUGUUUACGAGCCUGCAUCACCAGGGCCAUGGCCAGUGCAUAUUGAUUUCCACGGCGGAGGAUGGGGUCUUGGUGACCUUGACACUGAGUCCCAUAUAUGCAAACAUUUCUGUGUGACGGCAAAUGUGUGCGUGAUUGAUGUCGACUAUCGUCUAGUGCCUGAGCACGCCUUCCCUAUUGGGAUUCAGGACUCAUUCGCCGCGCUCCAGUACAUCCAUGCACAUGGCGCCGAAAAGUUCAAGAUUGACCCUAUAAGAAUAUCACUUGGUGGCGUUUCAGCUGGCGGCAACAUCGCCUUGGUAUGCGCCCAUCUAGCACGGGAUGCUAGUAUUCCGCUCAGAUUGGUCGCAGUGGGUACACCCACUAUUGACGAUAUUUCGAAAUACAAAUCUGCAGCCGACGCACCAUGGGCAUCAAUGCAUGAGAUGGAACAUGCACCCACGCUCAACUGGGCCCGGCUGAAGUGGUUCGAUAACCUCAAGUGGCAAAGCAUCGCGGCUGAGGGCCCUGUUCGGGAGUCACAAAUCGCCGCGGUGAGCUGGUAUGCCAAUAUACUCGAUGCCCCGGAUUUUACCGGUCUGCCAAAGACAGUGAUCUAUACCGCUGGUUGUGAUCCACUACGAGAUGAGGGCGAAACAUAUGCACAGAAGCUGGUUGCAGGUGGGAAUGAAGUUAUACAGAAGAGGUUCAUGGGAGUUCCGCAUCCUUUUAUGCAUAUGGAUAAUGAUCUGUGGCAGGCUCAGGAAUUUAUCAACCUGACAGCCCAGCACAUAAAAGCUACAUUACACCAGUGA